GUUGACCAGCUCUCGCGUCUUCCUAAGAGGAUGAAUUCCAAGUUCCCAUCUGACCUUUUUCUUUUUAUCCGCCAUGGUCCAUAUCCUGGUCGUCCCCUCUUUCUUCGCCGCCCCCCUCCCCUCCCCUCCUCGCCUCUAAUUGAAAGCAAUGGAAAUCCUUAACGAAGGAGGAAGGCAGGAGAGAUCAGGAAGGAAGGCAAGCAUCCCUCCUCCUCCUUCGCUCUGAGAGUUAUAGCUUGCGUGCUCCGUACAAUCCCGUAAAGAAAGAAAGAAAGAAAGAAAGAAAGAAAGAAAGAUCAUCGAUCAAUAAUGGAGGAGAAGAAGCUCGGGCAUUGGAGGACGGCCGUAUGCGCAAUCGCAGCGCUGCUCUGCACGGCUGCCUUCUCGUGCUGCCUCGCAGCUGAAUUCAAGAAAGCGAAGGUGAGGGCAGCAGCGGGGCCGGCAGAAGAUAUGAAGGUGGACGGGAGCCUCUGCUCGCUUCCGAGCAGCCCCGCAUUUGGGUUGGGCGUCGCCGCGAUUGCUUGCCUCUCGCUGGCGCAGAUCGUCGGGACCUCGGCAGCCGCAACCCGGCUUUGCUCCUACCAAGGAUUUGGAUGCUGCAACGACCACGACCACGACCACAAGUCUGACAAGGGAAGCCGAUUUACCUCGGUCGGCCUGCUCCUCCUGUCCUGGAUCAGCUUCGGGAUGGCCGUCGUAAUGCUGUCCGCCGCAUCGAGCAUGAACAAUGGGCAGGCUUACGGAGAAGGGUGGAUGGAUGGUGACUGUUACGUCGUCAAGAACGGAGUGUACGGGGGAGCGGCUGCCCUCGCUAUCCUGACUGCACUUCUCACAUUCGGCUUCACAUUCUCGACGAGACCAUCAACAGCAGCAAGCAGCGUAAAUAACAGCAUCAAUUACAACAACAGCAGCAAUUCACCAUCGAACAACAAGUCCAGAGGCAGAAGCAGCACCUGAUCACGAACAAAAUCUAAAGGAUGAGCAGUGCAGAUGACAUCCCCGGCUGUUUAGAUGACGCCAUGUAAAUCAGCAGGUAGAAGAUUUUCUACCUGCUUGUUCUAUUCUAUAAUUGCAUGAGAAGAUGGUACAUAAACUUGAACCGGCACACAAGAUAGCAAGCUCCUUAACAUUUCUACGCAAGUAUUCUUAUGUGUAAAAGAUCUGAACCCUUCAAUAAAAUAGCAAAUUCAAACAAGUA